CGCCGAACCUCGCCGCGUACACAUGCACGCAGAUCGCCCCGCGCGACGCGACACGCGCACUACUGACGCGAUCGCGAACUCCGAUUCCCUUUUUGUUUAUUUUUCGCUUGCGUCCUUCGGACCGUUUUGUUUCCGAGGCAGCGAGACGAAGAAAAAAAGGAGGCGCGGAUGGAUCGAGCGAGAGAAGAUUGGUGCCGGCCGUACGGAUAAGCGGCCCAUACGACGCCUCAUGCGCCGCAGCUGAAACACGAUCAACCAAAAGCCACGAAAUCCUCAAACCAAAGCCUCCAGUCAUAUCUUUCGUUUCGAAAAUCUAAAUAUAAGCACUAUUUUUUUAACCUUUUAACGAUAAAUCUAAAUCGUAAAUAGUAUACGCUAUCUCCCAAACAGUACAAAUUAAUUUAAGUCUGAAGUGAUCGGUAUUUACAAUAAAAAGCCUUGAACGAGCGAAGUUAAUCAACCAACGACCAGUAUUUAAACGUUCCAAAAUAAUAGAAAUCGUUAAACGAGUGCACAAAAUAUUUUAUCGAUCGUUAACAUUAUUAUACGAACCGAAUCCUCGAGCAUUUUGUAAAAAGUCAGCCAAAGAUUUUUAUAAACACAUAGACUUUAAGCGUUCGUGUAAGUUCAACUGCCUCUUAUUAAGGACUUUUAUAUUUAUUCCUUAGCUGGAUAACGAAGAUAUUGUGAUUAGUUUUAGUGUAAACCAGUGUGCCGUAUAACCGUAACAUUAAGUGCUACUUAGAUUACCGAACGUUAACAAAUUAGUGGAGCCACGUCAAGAGUACAAAUUGCAAGUUCCAGUGCAGUUCCGAGUGUUCAGUACUACAAUAGACUUAGAGCUUAUUUUUGUAAGUGUUUAUGGUGCUCGACGCGAUGAGGCAGCGUCGAGGUAAGGAGUCAUGAGCGAAACGCUCCACAGCGACCCGAGCGCAGAUAGCGCGUUACCGCCGUUCUCCACAUUCGGCGACAUGGAGAACGAGCAGCGGAUCCUCACAGCCGACACCCGGCUCCUGGACCCAGCCUGGGAGUACUACGAGAGAACAGGAGACACGGUCUCCGUCAUUGCAAGCCAGCCACAAUAUCGGCCGUGGGAGUCAAUGCCUAUCACGGUGCACUCCAAAGAUUCAUUUCUACGGGCUGGCUUCUCCGCGGCACUGGACUACCAGCCCGUUACACUGCAGCCUAUCACGAACAAGCUGCCGUCCUUCCAAAGCCAGUUCCAAACAUUUCCAGAAACGUCAGUGAUACCGGAGACGGGUCUGCCUAGCGUGACCCCUGUGCCGGUUACGGCGAGUCCGACGCCCAGCGCGAGUCCUAGUCAGUUAACCCAGCUCACGCAACUCACGACCCCGUCGUCUCCUGCGCAUCUCACAACUCUAGCGCAGAUGACACCGCUGUCGACCACCCUGACGACACUGUCGCCUGUAAACGCCACAACAUUCCAUACACUAACAGCUGUAAACGCCCGCAGCUUCCCUAUCGUGCCAGCGCCCUUGCAGGCGAGGGAACUGGCACCCGCUGGGCAGACAUACAUUGAUGACAGGCACAUACAGCUGUACCAACCAAACAUUGCCACAAUAAACGCCUAUCCGACACAGAAUGGCAUUCUACAUCAAAACGGAACGCUUCUCCAUCAAAACGGGAGCUUAAUACAGAACAUACAAAGUCCAACCGUAGUUCAUGUGUUGAAAAACGAGCCGUUUGAUGUUAAAACUCUGCAGGAGAAAUAUACGCCGAAUGGGCUACAUCAUAGUAAUUUCCAGAAUCCGAUGAUGAUUGACAAUGGUUAUGAGAAAAAGACGAAUGGUUCGGGACGGGUUCGUCACCAACAAGGUCGGAUUUUAGGAAGAAAGAACGACGGAAAAUGCGCGCCAACAGUACAGAGUCGGAUGGGUCGAAUAUGGAAGUAGGGUCUGAGAGCAGUGGGCAGGUCGCGGCGGUGUCUUCCACUGCUGGUUUCAAGUCACCAAUGCAUGGAGCACCUCCCAUGGCGACAGGACCUAUGGAAAUGGAUGACAUUACCAGUGAAAAACAGACGAAGAAGAAACGAAAGCGAUGUGGUGAAUGCAUCGGGUGUCAACGCAAAGACAACUGCGGCGACUGUGCGCCAUGUCGCAACGACAAGUCGCAUCAAAUAUGCAAGCAGCGACGGUGCGAGAAAUUGACCGAAAAGAAGCUUAUUUUGGCUCCGGACGGGACCUUGCAGACAGUGAAGAGCGAGUCUCGCAGAGGACGCGGCAGAGGGCGCUCGAGUUCGACACCAGUCUUACAAGACAUCAAGAGCUACCGUGGUCGGAAGCCUCUUGGUGGUACAGCGGGAGUGGCCGGCGCCGGAGUCCCCGGCGUGGCUGCCGCAGCAUCGCCCAGCCCUGCCCCUCAAGCCCCGGCUGCACCCAGUCCAGCCCCAGCCACCACACCAGCUAUGAAGCAAGAACAUCCUAGCCAGCCCAUGGCGCCAAUGCCGUUCUACGCCGGAGAUCCCAACCGCUUCCCCACUGCCUGGCAGACGGAUCCAUCUCAAGGUUGGCAGAACCAGUUCAUCCAGCAACUUCCCACACAAACAGGUCAGACGACGCUGGACUACCAGGGGAACCACACAGCGUACGCCACUUCUCCCCACUACCAAGCCAACACCACUUACACCGUCCAGAAUGUUGCCACCGCCUUUGACGCCAGUAACAACACGUACUACCAGGCUGGCAUCCAGUCUGUGCCGGCUCAGAGGCCACCCUCAAACCGCGGAGCUUAUACUCCGGUACCAUCUCCCAGAGCACCUCAUUACGCUGCAGAGUAUCAACAACAAUACGCUCAAGCAGCAACACCCGGUGCGACAUCAGGCAAUGAUUCUCGACCAGCGUCGGCUGCAUCAUACCAAAAUUCCGUGCCAACAACAGCGGCAGCUGGAUAUAAUGUUAGCCAACAAACUUAUGAUCGCACUGAAUAUUCGCAAGAACAUCAAGAUGAAUAUUCUAACCCAGAAAAUGGGUCGGGAGAUGCCAGCAACGAAGGUGAGAGACAAGAACAAAACACACCUAAUGGACAGCAUUCGGGAAACGCCGAGCCUGGAUACCUGCAGGGGAGCAACGGUCCGCGAGCUUCACUCGAUUGUAGCGGGUAUUCGGGCGGCUAUAAUAGCGGGCAGUACAGGGAGAACGGGCAGUCACAAAACCAGAACGAAUGGCAACAACACCAGUGGCAGCACAACCAAAGAUUACAAAACCAACAAAUGCAAUCUCAGCAGCAACAGUUGCAAAAUCAGCAGCAGCAACAACAACAGCAGCAGCAACAACAACAACAACAACAACAACAACAACUGCAGAACCAGCAGAUGCAAAAUCAACAACAGCAACUGCAAAAUCAACAGUUACAAAAUCAAUUGCAAAAUCAACAAAUGCAGAACCAACAGAUGCAGAGGCAGGAAGAUGAGCAGCAGAUGUUCUCGCAAUCAGACAGGGUGAAUUUGAACUCGAGACUGAAAACGAUGAUAUUAAACAAACAGAACCACACCCGAGACGGUACUAACACUCCGCCAGACAAAGGGGACCCAGGAGAAGGGCCGCCUCGAGUGAUUGACGAUAGAAAGACCGGUGGCGUCACCGUCACUGACGAUAGAAAUACUACCGGUCAUUUUUUAUCGUAUAGCCACCAUCUCCGAGAUAAUUACCGCUUAGGCGAGCAGGCAUAUCCUAUCGCUGGUAAUUAUUCACAGAAUGCCCAAACCUUUGGCACGGGCGAAUUCGGAGGUGGUGGCCACCACGUAUGGGAGGGGGGGACAGAGGUCCCGAGGACUUUUGAUAAACAUGCUUCGACUAAGAACGUAACUAAAACUCCUCAAAAGUUGCCGUCUUAUGCGGACAUGAGAGGUCAAUACGGUACAUACUCAAACGUACCUUAUGAAGCGCAAAAGUAUGCAGAAAUUUAUAAUAAUGAUAGUUUAAGUUUUACUCAACAAGAUAGUAAGGAUUUUCAAUCGAAAAUGCUCAUUGGACCAGUAUCGGAAAUGAAUCAACAAAAUUGCAACCCGUCUAGGGACACUAACGCACAAAGAAGAGCUUACGAGACUAGGGAAACGUAUGACGACAAAUUUAGACAUCCUUCAGCACCUUUAAUACCAAAACUGGAAGUGCCUGACACUUAUCAAUAUCAUAAAGACGACAGAUUAUUGAAAAACGACCCACAGAGGUUAAUGAAUCAGAAUUCAUAUCUAAAACCAAACGAAGUGCCUGUCAAUAAUACAUUUAGAGAGUUUCCAAACGGAGUAGCGAGGUCACAACAAAAUACUGUGCUGCCGCCAAUAUCGACAAUAAAGCAAGAGAACUUUGGUCAAAAACCACAACCCUAUCAAAACUUUCAAAAUUUUCCAUAUGGGGAGCCCAUGAGACGUACAGAGCCGGUUGAAACAUAUGCACAAAUCCCACGAAUGCAGGAAAACAUGGGCUUCCAAAAAUACAAUCGAAAUUUCCCUGAUCCUAAAGUAAAAGAACCUGAGAAAGUUACUGAUAGGACCUCGUCAGUUGAUCCAAAGCCUCCUUAUUAUAUAGAACAAAUCAAGUCUGAGCACUCUCCACCGGGACAUAAGAUUUAUAAGAAUCUAUCGUACAACCAACCACCGCGGAACGAUCCAUAUCUGUUCCCAGGGGACGGUGGCCCCGCAGUCAUAAGAAAUGAAGUUGGCUACUCUUGCUGUCGCCAAGGAUCUACAAAGAAACCUCCACCGGAGCAUUUAAGGGACGGUGCUUGUCCCGGGCUUCAAACCAAAGAUGAAGUAUUAGAUGAUGAUCCUGACGCAACUGAUAAAGCUGACUCAAAAAAUGGAUCUAAACCCAGUACUCCAGUUCCAGACUUGAACAAACCUAAAGAGAACCAAUUUAACUAUUCCAAAGAAUAUCUCGAUAAUUUAGAGAGGUUACGGAAUAAUUCGAGAACUGAAGUUCCUGAUUGCAAUUGUUUUCCGGCUGAUAAAAAUCCUCCGGAACCUGGCAGUUACUACACUCAUUUAGGCGCUGCAUCAACUUUGGCGGAAUUGAGAAAGGAUUUGGAAGCUCGAACUGGUCUGUCAGGAAAAGAAUUGAGAAUAGAGAAAAUCUGUUACACUGGGAAGGAAGGAAAAUCGGCAAAUGGAUGUCCGGUUGCUAAGUGGGUUAUAAGACGUGCAAAUUACACAGAAAAGGUUUUAGUAGUAGUAAAGUUCCGUAACGGACACAAAUGUGCCACAUCCUGGAUUGUCGUGUGCCUUGUGGCCUGGGAAGGGAUCCCUCAAUCAGAAGCUGACCUGGACUACACUCUCUUAUCACACAAAUUGAAUCGAUAUGGUCUUCCAACUACAAGGCGAUGUGCCACAAACGAAAACAGGACUUGUGCUUGUCAAGGCCUAGACCCUGAGACCUGCGGUGCCUCCUACAGCUUCGGUUGUUCCUGGUCAAUGUACUACAAUGGAUGCAAAUACGCCCGUUCAAAAACAGUUCGCAAAUUCCGCCUGUCUGUGAAGACGGAGGAGAGCGAGAUAGAAGAACGCAUCCAUGUGCUAGCAACACUACUCAGCCCGUUGUACAUGAACCUUGCACCGAAAGCCUUUGAGAACCAAGUGCAGUUUGAAAAGGAAGCAUCUGACUGCAGGCUUGGGUUUAAACCAGGACGACCAUUUUCUGGUGUAACAGCAUGUAUCGACUUCUGCGCCCAUUCACACCGUGACCUCCACAACAUGCACAACGGCUGUACUGCUGUAGUCACUCUUGCCAAGCACCGUCCCUAAACAGGCCACCUGAUGAGCAACUUCACGUACUCCCACUCUAUGUCUUGGACACCACUGAUGAGUUCGGCUCUAAAGAUGGACAGACGAGAAAAUCAAGAAUGGAGCCCUUGAGAUUCUCGACAAGUAUCCGAUGGAGGUGCGUAUGCGAUCAGUUCCACUACAGCCAUGUCGUCGCCAUGGAAAAAAGCGAAAAGACGACGAGAAUUCAGAAUCAAAUACUUCUAACAACAGUAACAACUCACAGAGUUCGGGUAAUAAUCAGAAGAAAGCUCAACAGUCCCCAGCGCCCAGGACUCCACAGCCUGCAGACGUUAGGAACAACGCUAGUCCUCGAAGUCAGAGCAGCGCGUCACCCAGGUCCAUCACGCCAGCUCUCAACCAGUCCAAUCCACCAGCAUUUACAAACAACACUCACUACAACUCUGCCUUCGUAAAUCCAAAUAUGCAACACCAAAAUCCAGGACUUAUCAACCCGAACUUGGGAAACCCAGCACUGUUGGACAUGGCAACUAUGAUAGACAAUUUUACUGAUGCGCAAUUGCAAAGCAACCAGAUUUCUAGUACAGUUCUAGACUCGCCAUAUAAUCCCUAUGAUCAGAGUUAUAAUUUACACCAUCAGAAUGCUAUAUACAAUCCAAACCAUGUCUCUCCGAUAGUAGAAGGUGCACAAAUUCAAAAUCAUCAGAAUCAGAAUCCAAACCCAACCCCGAACCCUAACCAACUCCCAAGUUUUGCUGUUGGGUUACAAAAGAGAGAACAAUUUCCAAACCAAAUGGCUCCUCAAAAUCAGUGGCCAGAUUUUGGAAUACAGAGCUAUUCAACAAUGUUGUAAAGGAAGAUCCAGAUUCUACAACAGCUCACCUCAACGUUGCUCCGAAUAAUUAUAGUCCAGAUUCUAGUAGAAGUGAAACGAAUUCAGACCCGCUUUUACCAAAAGUAACUCCAGAGCCAGAGAAACAAAAUUUGAUCGGUGACAUCACAAAUAAAAUACCGGAAUUUGACAUGCCCAGUUCACCACGGCUGACGGAGAUAUCACAAAACUCUCAGAGCACACCAGCAUCUCCUGCACCGUCCCAAAUCCCAGAAUUAAAAUCGCCAAAUAAUGAUCUUAUGAAAACAGAUGCACGACAAACUGUGUGGAAAUCACCAGACUCAAAGAAUUGGGACCCAAAAACCAAAGAACAACAGAUAGCUGAAAAUGAAAAUUCUUUAUUUAGAGUCCCGAAAGCUAGACCGCCAUCGAGGUCUCAGCAUACCAAUCCACCUGAAGCUAUUGAGAACUCUACUUUCUUGAAACCGUAUCCACCCUCAGACAGACCUCACCUGAGUCAGGGUUACGAGCACAGGAGUCCCUACGAUAGUCGAUUAAACAAUACUGUACCUCAAACUUCAGUUGCACAAAACAACUUUACAAUCAAUCACGAUGAACAGAACAUGCAAAUAGCGAAUAAACCAGUUACAGAAUUCCCUGGAAACAAUUUCCACGCAGUGAAUCAAAAUUCGUACGGGAAUCAGGCACAAAUACAAAGCUAUGGCAAUUAUCCACAGGUUGCAAAUGCUUACUCAUUCCCACCGAACCCUUACGGCCAUUUUAAUCCUUACGAGAACACAUAUAACGAUUACAAUAGCCUAGCUUAUUACAACGCUGAGAAGUACAAGAGGGAAGAGCUACUUAGAAAUCCACAUUGUUACAAUUCUUACGGCUAUCAAUACAAUCCCAACUUUGCACCAAACUUCUACCAAAACCCAAGUCCUAAUUGGUGUCAAUCAUCACCGAACUGGUGCAUAUAUCCACCACCAUUUUCUAUCCCAUACCCACCUGAACCACCCAAAGCUGAGCCAAUUGGAGAGGUAAAAGAUGUCACAGAAAACCUCGAAUGUUUUAAAGAUAGUCAAAUGGGUGGUGUUGCUAUAGCACUGGGGCAUGGAAGCGUUUUAUUCGAAUGCGCUAAACAUGAGAUGCACUCUACUACGGCUGUAAAGAGCCCGAACAGGGUCAAUCCGACUAGGAUAUCUCUAGUAUUUUACCAACACAGAAACCUUAAUCGUCCCAAGCACGGUCUUGAAGAAUGGGAAGAAAAGAUGAGGUUAAAGAAAUUGGGACUGAAUCCACCGACACCUGGUACGCCAGGACCAAAUUCUAAUUCUGUGUCGCCGGCUAUUACACCUGGACCAGAGCGACAAACGGGUGGACCCGAGAAGUGGAAGAACGGUCCGUCGGACGCCAUCCCGGGAGGCUUCGCUUCCCUAUCGGCACUAGUGGAGGCGACGGCGGCGGCGCGGCGCAGCGGGCAGGUGUUGCUGCGCGCCGACACGCAGACGACGAUGUCGUGGACGACGUUGUUCCCGAUGCACCCGUGCACGGUGACGGGCCCCUACCAGGAGUCCAGCACCUGACGCAAGCUCGCGCCUUCCCGCGCGACAACUAACACGAGGCGCUCCGACGUCCCUUCCUUAGCUAUGUAAGCUCUGUGUUGCCUUUCGAUUUUAGAAGUUUCUAAUCGUCGAUUAGAGCCAUUGUGCUUUCCAAUAUAUUUUGUAGUUCCUCGACUUAUGAUAAGUAUUAAGUGCGGCGCGGCACUGGUCCGGCGUGCUGCCAAAUUGAAAAUCCAGCGAUUCCUUUUAUGCAUUUAAAAAAUUGGAAUUGAGUACCGUUUGUAAUUGAAAUAUUUUUUAAAACGUAUACCGAGUGAGUUUUAAUCAAAGAUGUAAGUUUAAGUUUUAAUUUUAAAUAGUGUUUAUCGCAUUUCAGCUAGUCUUACGUUACGUUAGAAUCGAUUGUAUUUUGUCAAAGUGACCGUAAUCGUGUAGAUUUUUUUGUAUAUUCUUGUCGUAUUUAAGUUAACGAUCGUUGACCCGACCACUGAGCGGUUAGUUUAAUUUUAACAGACUAUUGCUGUAUAAAAUAGUGACGUUAAUGUAUGUUUUGUCUGCAUAUUUUGUCGAUGUUUUUCUAAUUAAGCGCAUAAUCGAAAGUUUUGUGCGACACAAUGAUCUCAUAAACUACUAACCCUACAUUAUGUAACGUUUAUCAGAACAAAAGUACAAAACACUACAUGAGAGCGGUCGUCGGCCGCGUGCCGCGCGCCGCGCGCCGCGCCGCGGGUCGGACACAUUCGGCGGUCGUGGUUAUUCAUCAUUUUGUACCUUUGUCUGUCAAUUAGUUGUUUUAUUUAAUUUGUAAUGUUUAUUACCAUUCCUGUAAUUCUGAACAUUUGUUUUGGCUUAUAAUUUAGUUAACGCGGUUCGGCCGCUAGUAUUUUACCACAAAGAUACGAGUGCUUUUCUAUUAGGUUAAGUCGUGUGUAUUUUUAACUUUUUAGAAUAUUUAACUUAUUUAUAUUGUAUUACGUGAACCAUUAUCGUAUCAUUUUCUUUGUAAUAAUUUAGUGUUACUGUAGACUUUAAUAUUUAAUAUAUUUGCUUUAUGGCUCGAUCAUUAAAUUAUUACAGGUUGUUUAAUGCAUGUUUCAAGAUCGCCUUCUUUAUUUGUCAAAUCGAGUGCCUGUAUGUUUGGCUAUAAAUAUUAAUUGAUAUUAUAAAGAAUCUGAUUUUACGAAUAUAUUAUGAAUUGUGACCUUAUUGUUUAAGAACUGCGAUUGCAUUAUACGAACAUUCUUCUAACUUAGUGACGAUAAAAAAUUAUAAAAUUAGAGAGCAUACAAUAAAAUAAAAGAUGAAUAAUAAAUUACUAUGUAUAAGAUAGAGUAUUGCAAGGUUAAAAAAAUCAAUUUUCAGGCGCUUGGAAAGAUUAUAAAGUAGGCAUAUAAUUGAAAAUGAAUGAAACCAUACUGAUGAAUAGUUAUUAAUAUAUAAUUAGGAAUAAGGAAAGUUUGUUUUAAAGAUUAAACUAUUGAUAUAGUUUAUAUUUUUUACGUGUACGUAUUUAUUGAAUGGUAAAUUUAUUGGGACGAACGUGAAAAUUAUUUAUAGGUAACAAGUUUUGGAUAUGACAAAACUUAUAAAAACUAAGCAAUAAUAGACAUCGGGGUCUAUGUACAUUGUAAUGUAGGAAUGAAAAAUAUUAAAAUAAACGAAUGGUGCGAUAUUGUCGACGGUCCUAUGGUGACGCUUGACGUUUGAUAACUUACCGAAAUAUGCCUAAAAUUGUAUUCGGAUAUUAUUUGUGUAUUACAUUGGUAACAUGCCCUCUAAUUCUUGCCAUUAAGUAGUUGCCAAUUGUAGUGACUCUUCAGUUUUUCAAUACAUUGUGCGACAAGACAUAUCAAAAGCAAUCACAGUAUUUUUAAAUCAUAUAUUCAUACACACAAGGAACAGAGCAGUUUGGUAAUUUUAAAACUGUAUAUCUUCAA